AUGAACGAAGGCCAGAAUACCAUGGAUAUCAGAGAGCCCUACACUGCCAAAGAAGGAUUGCACGAUGGCUUUCCCACAGCCGAAGCCAAUGACGAUCGGGAUGAGCACGAUCUGGCUGUGUUUGGGAAGCGGCAACAGCUGAAGCACAUCAGCGUAUUCAUCUUUGGUUUCUCCAACGGUGGGCCUGCAGGGCUUGUCUAUGGCUUCAUCGUUUGCUGGAUUGGUACCAUCGGCCUAAACUGCUCCCUGGCGGAAAUGGCAUCUGCAGUUCCCCUCGCUGGUGGACAGUACUCGAUGGUCUCCGAGUAUGCGCCCCCUGGCGCCUCUAGAUAUUUGAGUUAUAUAACUGGCUGGCUUACUUGCCUAGGAUGGCAGUCGGCGACCGCAAGUUCCGCAUAUCUGGGAGGGACCAUGAUCCAAGGUCUUAUCGUGCUUAACAACCCAACCUACGUGCCUCAGAGAUGGCAGAGCACGCUGCUGUUCUACGCUAUAAUUCUCGUUAGUUUGUUCUUCAACACGUUCCUGGUGGCAUUUCUCCCGAAGAUCGAGGGCUUGAUCCUCGUCAUCCACGUCGGCGGUUUCUUCGGGGUCUUAAUACCACUGGUGUGUACGGCACCCCACGGCAGCGCGUCGGAAGUGUUCGGACAAUUUGAGAAUGGUGGAGGAUGGAGCACGCAAGGCUUGUCGUUCUUUGUCGGCAUCGUAACCGGUGUUUACUCGUUCCUCGGUCAGUUCUAUCUUAUAGGCCUCGAUCUGGCGGUCAUAUCAAAGCUGACGUCUUGA